AUGUCGGCUCCACCGAGAGUUCGGUCUGUAGAUUCCGAUGACCGAGAACUCCGGUCAGUUCUUUGUCCCGCCGGUAAUAAAUUGCAGCAGAAAGCGUUGUCGAAGCCGGCGAAGAAGUCUGAUAAAACGCUUACGGCGAAGAAAACGCUUCAGUGCUCUCCUCUGAGGAGAAACGGUAUCUCCAUGAACGCAUCUUACUCUUCAGAGGCGUCGUCUUCGUGCGAGUCGUCUCCGUUGAGUAUGGCGUCUACUUCGAGCGGGAAGAGGGCUUUGCGGCGGAACUCGUCAAGUACACUGAGAAAGAAUGUGACGACGGAGGAGAGAGAUGAAAAGAAGGCCGGUGAUUGCUUCUCUGAUGGUCGUAAAAGAUGCCCUUGGAUCACUCCCAAAUCUGACGAAUGUUACAUUGCUUUCCACGAUCAAGAGUGGGGAGUUCCUGUCCAUGAUGACAAGAAACUUUUCGAGCUAUUAAGUCUCUCUGGUGCUCUUGCGGAACUAUCCUGGAAAGACAUUCUUUCCAAAAGAUACUUAUUCAGGGAAGUUUUCAUGGACUUUGAUCCAAUUGCUGUAUCUGAACUAACUAACAAAAAGAUAACAUCCCCUGAGAUUGCAACCACCGCUUUACUAUCAGAGCAAAAGCUACGCUCAAUCCUCGAGAAUGCAAACCAAGUUCGCAAGAUAAUAGUAGAGUUUGGAUCAUUUGACAAGUACAUUUGGAACUUCGUUAACCAUAAGCCUACUCAGAGCCAGUUCAGGUACUCACGCCAAGUCCCUGUGAAGACUUCCAAAGCAGAGUUGAUAAGCAAAGACCUUGUCCGCAGAGGCUUUCGCAGUGUUAGUCCAACGGUUAUCUACUCCUUCAUGCAAACAGCCGGUCUCACUAACGACCAUCUCACUAGCUGCUUCAGACACCAAGAAUGCAUAUCCAAGGACGAGACCAGUUAG